GCCAGGUAUUCGGCCCGUGUCCCUCCCGUGUCCGUGAGACUCCCGCGCCGCUCGAGGUGCAUCCGCGCAGGUCGCAGCCAUGAAGGGCUUCAGGCAAAGGGUUCACGAACAGCUCUCGCGAGCGAAAGACAACAAAUCGUCCAAGAAAAAGGACUCCAGCUCUGGUACCUCCUCUCCCUCUCAUGGCGCAACGCAAUCGCCGUCCGGCUCGGCCAACGCCACGCCAACGUCGUCCCAGACACAUUUGCUAGAUGCACGGAACAAGCCGCUACCCUCAGGAGAUAGCUCUGCGGGGAGUGUUAGCUCUUUACCCGCAGGACAGCCCGGCUUGCCCAGCUCCCUGACCCCCGGAUCGCAGUUUGGAGGACAGCAAGGCAUCAUGGGUCUUGGCGGUGCCGGUAAUGCGGGCGCCGGCGGUCCUGGGACUCCCCAUCGGUCCAGUCAACCAUUGGCACCCAGCGUCAUCAUCAGCCCCAGCGCUCCACAUAUUCCCCCACCUGGCGCGGCGGAAACCAUGCCCGGCGAUCUCCUCCCCCCCAAAGCGGGCCAGAAGUCGUUGAUCUUCGACCGCCUCCAGACAACACCCAAGGAUGCGGUUGAGGGCAUCCGGACGCCCAAGAGGCAGCACUCUUCUCGCUUUGAUAUCUCAGAUCAGCGCCAACGAGAGUUAGAAAAGCUCCCCGGCUUCCACGAAGUUCCGCCGAACAAGCGCGAGGAUCUCUUCAUGCAGAAGAUUGACCAGUGCAACAUCAUCUUUGAUUUCAAUGAUGCGAGCGGGGACAUGAAGUCCAAGGAAAUCAAGCGUCUUGCUCUGCAUGAGCUGCUGGAUUACGUUGCUAACAAUCGCCAAGUCAUCACAGAGAAGAUGUAUCCCCGCGUGGUGGAGAUGUUCAGCAAGAAUUUGUUCCGACCGAUCCCACCGCCAAUGAAUCCUCAGGGCGAGGCAUUCGACCCCGAGGAAGACGAGCCGGUUCUGGAAGUGGCCUGGCCGCACAUCCAAGUUGUCUAUGAGUUCUUCCUACGCUUCAUCGAAAGCCAGGACUUCAACACCAACAUCGCCAAGGCAUACAUUGACCACAGCUUUGUGCUUAAUGUAGGUUUUCUGUUUGAUUCGGAAGAUCCCCGGGAACGCGACUUCCUCAAGACUACCCUCCAUCGCAUCUACGGCAAAUUCCUCAAUUUGCGUUCGUACAUCCGCCGCUCCAUCAACAAUGUCUUCUUCCAGUUCAUCUACGAGACUGAACGCUUCAACGGUAUCGCCGAACUUCUCGAAAUUCUGGGAUCCAUCAUCAACGGGUUCGCUUUGCCGCUAAAAGAGGAGCAUAAGCUCUUCCUGACCCGCGUGCUCAUCCCCCUGCACAAGGUGAAGAGUUUGAGCAUGUACCAUCCGCAGUUAGCAUAUUGUAUCGUUCAGUUCUUGGAGAAGGACGCAGCGUUGACAGAAGAGGUUGUUCUGGGUCUUCUCCGAUAUUGGCCAAAGGUCAACAGUACCAAGGAGGUAAUGUUCCUGAAUGAGGUCGAAGACAUUUUCGAGGUCAUGGACCCUGCCGAGUUCGCAAAGGUCCAGGAACCGCUAUUCAACCAACUGGCGAAGUCGGUUGCCAGCCCACAUUUUCAGGUCGCUGAGCGAGCCCUCUAUUUCUGGAAUAACGAAUACUUCUGCAACUUGGUAAGCGACAAUGUCGAAGUGAUCUUGCCGAUCAUGUUCGCACCGCUGUAUGAGAAUUCGAAAGGACACUGGAAUAGGACUAUUCACGGUAUGGUAUAUAAUGCCAUGAAGCUAUUCAUGGAAGUAAAUCCCCAACUCUUCGACGACUGCUCGCACGAUUACGCCGAGUCCCAGAACAAUGCCGGCGAGAGACAGCAAACUCGUCAAGAUCGUUGGGACAAACUCGCAAAGCUAGCAGAGGCAAAACAGAAUGGAAAGGUGGAAUCCAAGGCCCCGUCAAUCUCCAAGGUCGGCUCUCCAAUGCGGAUAGAUGAUUCGGAUCCAUUGAGCCAGGACAGCCAGAGACGCCUUGAAGCACUCCGCCUUCAGGACGAUGGGACGGCAUCAAGUCACAAGAGGCCGAAGGAGUAUGAGCGGCAGAACAGUCAGACUUCGGUACGUUGAUUCUUAAGUCCUUAAAAGUCGUCGAGGGAUGAACUUUUUCUAUGGCCGAAUCAUUGUACUCUUAAUUCUAUCCCUAGAUCCCUAGGCCAAUUUCCUCUUGUUGAGAAUUGCAUUGGAUUCGGUUUCAAGAUCUGACUUGUUUGUGCUCGCUUUUCGCAGCGCCGACACCACUCAUCGCA